AUGUCUGAGAAAAUAAAUAAUCCAUCAUGUUGUCAAUGUUGUAUAUCAUCAAUAGCAAUAUGUGUUACUUGUAAUCGUCAUUUUUGUUGGGAUCAUUUUGGACAACAUCGUCAGACAUAUAUAAAUUAUCUAGAUGAUUUAAAUCAACCAUUAUCACAAUGUCUCAAUGAAUUUGAACGUAUUGAAAAUAAAUUACGUUCAGAUAUUGAUCAUUGGGUAAGUGAAACUAUUAAUGAAGUACAUAAAUCAGCAAAUCAAGCUCGACGUACAUUGGAUGCUUAUAUAAAUAGUUAUCGGGCACAUUUUAAUGAAGAAUCUUCAAGUCUUAGACAUUCAGCAGCACAUCAAGAUUUAGUUAUAGGUCGUUUAGAAAAAUUACAAAUUGAGUAUGAACGUUCAUUAAAUGAUUUACGUCUUAUAAAAUUUUAUGAUCGAGGACAAAUGCUAGAAAUUGAAACGAAAAAUGUCAUUAGGGAACAAGUUACUAUUAAUGAUUCAUUACAAAUUGCACCACAAGAAUCUGAUGUUUAUGUUACACAAACAUCACUUGGUCGUAGUCUUAUUAGAGAACCUUUAGCAACAGCAACUGUAGGUAGUUUUUGGGCUAUGGGUGGUUCUGAUCAAUAUUUACUUUUACAAGAAUAUGAAAAUAAACAAUUAACACUAUUUGAUUCUCGUGGAAGGCGAGGUGUUUCAAUGACAUGGCAUUACGAUGUAGUUAUUCGAGAUAUAACUUGGUAUGAAGAAUCUCAACGUUUCUUUAUUCUUCUUGAUAAAAAAUUAAUUCUUUUUGAUCCUGUUACAAAACAUUUCGAAGAUAUUAUUCAAGUUAAACCAUAUCAAUCAAAUGCAUUUCGACGAUGUACAUGUUAUCACGAUCGUUUAUUUAUUGCAUAUUGGGGACAAGAAAGUCUUAUUGAAUUAAUACGAAUAAAAACAUGGGAUACUGAACAACGUUGGUUAAGUCCAGUAACAUGUCGUGCAAAUGAAUUAAUAACAUGUAUUCGAUUAAAUUCUAAUGAUGAACUUGGUUUAUGUAUUCAAGAUGAAAAUAAUCCACGUAAUCGACAAUUUCGCUUUGAAAUUCGUGAUCUUACACUUAAUAUAUUGUAUAAAUUAACCCUUCAUGUUGAUUCAGGUAUUUUUUCUCGUAUGAUACAAUUACCGGAUUUACAUUGGGCUUUAUUAAAUGUUGAUGAAAAUUUUGUUUUUGUCGUUAAUCGACAUGGAGAAUUAAUUGAUAAAAUUGAUUGGCCACGUGGCUCGUUAUCGAAUAUUGCUUUGAUUGGUAAUGAUGCUAUUGUUAUUCGUACAAUUGAUAAAAUUUAUUUUUACGAUGUAGAAUUUCAUACACAACAUUAA